CGUUUAAAACCGAAACAAGAACGAAGAACAAGAACGUUCGGAAAAGGAAUGGCUGAAGGAGGUGACUUACCAUCAUUAAAAGACGGCUCUGAUGCGGACGUAGAGUUCCCUUGUACACCUUGUGGAGAAGACAAUACCAGAGAAGAGGCUGUCAAAUAUUGCCCUGAAUGUCAUGAAUACCUAUGUACAACGUGCACCAGGUAUCAUGGUCGGCAAAAGGCAACACGAACACAUAAGCUUCUUGACAGGGAUGAGGCCAAAAAAGGUUCUUUGGUUGCUAAGACGAAAUGUUAUUACCAUCCGAAUCGAGACAUUGAAAUGUAUUGCAGAACACACGAUAUGGUUUACUGUGUUAUGUGUAUAGCCACGGAACAUAGAUCAUGUGGUGGAGUAAACAGAAUAGACGACGAGCCAAAAUCUUGUGUUAAUCAAACAGUAAUUCAACGUGUUUUAGAUGAAACCAAGAACGCAGCAGAACGCAUCAAGUCUCUGGCCAUUAAACAAGAGAAGAAUAAAACAUCUCUUGAAGAUGAAAGAAACAACAUAGAAGAGAAGCUUCGGGAAGUCGAAAAAAAACUUGAUAGAACAUAUCAGAACAUUGAAAAGGGAGACAUCUGAAUCACUGGACAGAAGUUAUGCUAAGUUGAAAGGAAAACUUGAGUCUGAAACUAGUAAAUCGACUAUGAUGAUACAAGAUUUGGAGAAGGCGUCAGAACAACUGCAGUCAGUUGCUGGUGUGGACGCAGUUCAAAAGUUCGUUCAGAUGAAACUGAUGAAGAAGAUUGUAACUGAAGCCAACAAGUUACAUGCUGAUUGUGAGACAGAAAGCACAAAGUCAGUCUAUUUCUCGGAAAACACAGAUUUAAUUACAUUCGUGAAGAAAGCAGUUGCUUUAGGAAAAGUGCGAAUGGAGGCUGAAGACAUGGAACCAUCCAAACCAAUACAGCACAGAAUGAAAUCGAAGAAAGAGAUCAAUGUGAGAAUGGCAAAUGACAGGUAUAUAUGUAUAAUAUCUGAUGUUUGCCAACUUCCAAAUGGUAUGAUCUUGUUAACUGACCAAUAUAAUUACAAGGUUAAACGACUUGACAUGAACUACAGUAUGAAAGACUAUUAUGACCUAGAUGCUGCACCAACAGCCAUCUGUUAUAUCGAUAAGAAUGAAGUAGCUGCGAAAAUGAACAACAACAAAAUUCAGUUUAUAUCUGUUGGCUCGGCCUUAUCUAAAACGAAAUGUAUAACAAUAGUAGGUGGGGAAUUUUACGGAAUGGCCUUAUAUGCUGGAGAUUUAUAUGUGUCUGUUGGUAAUGGUGUUGAAGUGUACAGUACUACAGGAACACUUGCAAAGAUCAGACUAGCAAGGCGAUAUUUACAAUAACCACUCAGCAUAUGACUACAAGUGGAAAUAACUUAAUCGUUCCAGAUUACAGUGAUGGUGCCGUCUGUCUAAACAAGGAUGCCACACUUAUAAUGGAACUACGGGAUAAAAGACUGAAAUGCACAUGCGGUGUCUGUGUAACUGAUGAUGGAACCGUGUUCCUUUGCGGAUAUACCUCCAACAAUAUUGUGAUGUUCAGCAUUAAUGGGAAGUUUCUCGGGGAGCUGGUAACUGCAGAUGCUGACUUGAAGAACCCUAUCAUUCUAUGUUAUGAUAGCAUCAACCACUGUGUUAUUAUAACAUGUUGUAUGUCUGAUGUUAUUCAUGUUGUGGACCUUGGUGUGUAAAACAUUACUGUUCCAGAAGCGAUGUACCAACAUUAUAGUACAGAUACAUUUAUGGACGACGUUCUUUACAUAUUCCAUGAUACUGGGGGAAAAUGUUAUUUUCUGUAAAAAGUACGAGUAAUUUCAUAUUUUCUUUAGCAUUUAUUUAGCUAUGUGUAAAAUAGUAUUUCUAAAUAUAUAUCAGUACAAAAUUACAUUGCUAAAUUAGACGUUAACGAGGACCGUCGAAAUAAACUAUAUGUUUCUAACAAUCCAUUACACAUACACAUCGGUAGCCACAAUAUGCAUUCUGUAGUAGGUUAAUUUGUAAAAUCAUUGUUUUACUUAAAACAUAACGCCGGACCAUUGUUCAGAAAUUUAAGGCAGACCAAAGUGAAAUUUAUUAUCACACGUAACGAAGUGCCACGUAUUUUAUUUAGACAUCUCUUUUUAAUGUAAACGCAUAAAUAAUUGGUUAAUAACUCCAGUUGGAAAGUUCAUUUCAAAUACGCUAACGGCUACGUAUAACUACAAGGACACGUACAUGUUUCAGUUUCACAUUGCUUGCGGUGAUACAUACGUCUCUCUUAACUGGUAUGUGACGAGCACGUCAUAUCAUGUUGCUCAGAUGUGUUUUCUGUCCAUUUUCAUACUGAAACAAGUUUUAAAUAAAGAAAGGAUUUCAUAUUGAUAUUCAACUGUUAAAUUGUGACGAAGAUGUGAAAUUUAUAGCAAAUACCUUCGACCGGUUGCUUAAGGUCUUACCAGGAGGUGGGGUUGUUCAUCUGGUUAUGCUUGAAUGAAUGACUGUCAGACGGACUGUAUUCCUUCUAAAGUGCCUGAUAAACUGAAUGACUUCUAAAAUGACUGAAUGCAAUCUGUACGAUUGGCAAACUAAAUGGAUAAUUUUAAGGUUGAAAUAUUGACAAAAUAUGUUGUCUGGAUGACGUAUAAGCAUUAGAAUAGUAUGCUAGUUAUUAAUAAGUUGUCUGAAAUCAGUGACGGAGAUUACAUACCAUUGACGGUCUUAAUUACCAGUACAGUCACUGGCAACUAGCCUACAAAACUAUAACUGAUAUAGACAGACAUUGAAAAGAUACCGAGACGUCAGAACCUUAUCAGUGAUUCAAUUGAAUAUUCUUAUUCUUCUUUACUUUUUCUGGAAACACCGAUGUAUCUCUUAUAGUAUGCCUCAGUGUAGCUACACCACAGUAAACAGUCUGGUUAAUGUCGAACUGAAGCUGUGGGGUGUAGGCCGAUACAUAUAUAAGUACAUAACAAGUUGAUUGCAUCGACAUGGAUGAUCAACCGGCUGAGAGAUAUAAUUUUGGCAUUGACUGUCCAUUUUCCGUCCCAUCGGUCGUCCGGUGACAUACUUAAAACAUGGUUUGGACUAUUUCGAUGAAACGUCUGAUUUUAUUUUGAAAAAUGUUUACUGCUAUUAUAGGGAAAUGCUAGCAUGCACUUUUCAGCCGGAUUUCCUGAGCGAACAAGAUCUAUUGCCCUUUGUACUUAUAUAUAUGUAUGUAUUGUACAUCUCUAUAGUGCGUUUAUUUUUCCGUCUUUCCGGAGCCGUAUGUUGAACUUGGUUAUCCUUCAAUAAACAUAGAAGGUUUGGAAAUGCGAAAUUAAAUAGUUCUCAAAAUACCCGUUAGGGCCAUCUUGCUAUCGCUGCGCGAUGCCACGCCAAUACGAUGACAAAUUGGUGAAGACAGACAGAACGAUAGCAUGUUGGAGACAGAGCGAAGGCACGUUGACGAAGACGCGAAACUACGAUGACAUGAUGGUGAUGGAGCGAUGUUACGACAGCACGAUGAUAUGGAGGGUAUUAUCCGCCACAAUACAAAGUUACAUAUUUCAAAUUAGUAAAUGCAAAGUCCGUGCACCUAGAUGACAACUUCUAACUUCCUGUGAAUGCAAAUUGCUUUUUGGUACUAUCCGCCACAAUACAAACUGUUAUAUGGUAUAUUUCAAAUUAAUAAAUACAUAUUCCAUGAGCCUUGGAGACAACUUUUAACUUCCUUUGAAUGUAAAUCGCUUUUUUGCGCCUUUCAAAUGGUACACCGUAUAUUUCUUUCUCUAAGUCCUAAUUUGCUAAUUACUAACUGAAAAUUUCAUAAUACACUUUACAUGUGUUUCAUCAAGUGUCAUAUUUUUCAUUCAGAAAGUAUUUAAUUUUCGUACUUUUAAACUUAGAAGUUACAAUAGGAAACUUGGUUGUACGCAUUUAAAAGUUACAAUCUGAAACCUAAUAUCAAUCACUGCAUAUCACAAUCUGAAUGCAACUUUAAACUAUGCCCUGUUAUUUGGUUUAUCUCAAAGGGGUUUAGCAAGCGGGGUGGUGAUUAGGUUAAAAUGAUUUCUCUUAGGACGAAAUAACAAAGUAAAAUAAACUACACAUUGAAAAUAUGGAAUAUUAAGGUUACUGUAGAUUAUUCUUUCUACAAAACCUCUGAACAACUGUCGAAUAGAUAGUGAUGUAAUUAAUCUGUGGUAUUAGUAAAGACAUACAAGUCUGAUAAUGUACAUGUAAGAAAAUGCAGUUCGUUUUAUGCUAAUUAUCUUCUCCGCAUAAAUAACUUAUCAAAGGUUUAAACAACAUAAUUUAAACGUCAUUUGAUAUGUUUCAAAAAUCUAAGUAUAAAUGAAUAUCUUAACAUUAUCAAUUUAACCCAGUUUAUGAACUUAAACUUUGUUCGAGUUAUUAUUGAUCUAGCAAUGUGACAUAAUAAAGUUCAGAAUGUUUACACAUCCGCCAUUGACACCGCUUUAUUGAAACCGAAACAAGAACACAAAUCGUUGAAAAAGAAUGGCUGAGGGAGGCCACUCUCAAUCGUUAAAAGACAGUUCUGAUGCUGACUUUGAGUUUAGUUGUACACCUUGUGGAGAAGAUGAUAUCAAAGAAGAAGCUGUUAAAUACUGCCCUGAAUGUCAGGAAUACUUGUGCACAACAUGCACUAGACAUCACAGUCGAUUAAAAGCUACACGAUCUCAUAAACUACUGAACAAGGAUGAAGCUAAAGCCGGUUCUGUUGUCGCUAUUGCUAAAUGCCACUACCAUUUAGACCGUGACAUAGAGAUGUACUGUGGUACGCACGACAUGGUUUACUGUACUACAUGUAUAGCCACUGAACACAGGUCUUGUAGUGGAGUGACAAGAAUAGAAGACAAAACAAAAUCAGGCGUUCAACAUAGUGAGAUAAAAUCCUUAUUAGAUGAAACUAAUAAUGUUCAAGAACGUAUAAGAGCCUUGAAUAUCAAAACACAGAACAACCUCGAUUGCCUGGAAAAGCAAAGAGACGCAAUACAAGAAAAGAUCGUUGAAAUCACUACAAGCCUUAUUGACCACAUCAAACAACUUGAAAAGAAAAUGACAAAUAAUUUGGCUAAUGAUUAUACUAAGAUAAAAAAAGAUCUCGAGUCCGAACUCACCGUCGCAACUCAUAUGAUACGAGACUUAGACAAAACGUCAGAACUGCUGCAGAGAGUUUCCAGUAUGGACGCAGGACAACAGUUCGUUCAGAUGACACUAAUGAAGAAAACCAUAAAAGAUGCUUGCACGUUACAUGCUAACAGUGAGGCUAAUGCUACAAAUUCACUCCAUUUCACCGAAAACGGAGACUUAGUAACCUCUGUGAUGACAGCAAAUGCUUUGGGAAAAGUGCGCACAGAGGCGGAAGACUUGAAAACAUCUAAACCAGUACAGUACAAAAUGAAAACGAAGAAAGAGAUCAAUGUGAAAAUGACAAAUGACAUAAAUGUAUGUACAAUAAAUGAUAUUUGUCAGCUGCCCGAUGGUAUGAUCGUAUUGACUGACUAUGGAAAUAACAAGGUAAAAAGGCUGGACGUUUACUAUAAUCUGAAGGACCAUUGUGACCUGGAUGCUAACCCUUCUGGCAUAUGUUGUAUCAAUAAAAUUGAGAUAGCUGUGAAAAUGAUCGAUAACAAUAUUCAGUUUAUAUCUGUUGCGUCCGUUCUGUCAAAAACGAGACGCAUUUCAAUAGAGUAUGGGGGCUACUGGGGAAUGGCAUAUUGUGAUGGAGUUCUUUGGACAUCUAAAUACGGUGGUGUUAACGUUUACAACACUACAGAAGGACUAAUUAAAACUAUUGACAAAAAGCAGAACGGUAAGGCGAUAUUUAAAUCUUCCUGUGUUCAGCAUAUGGCUGUAAGUUGUAAUACAAUGAUCGUUACUGAUUACAGUGACGGUGCUGUCUGUCUAAACAUGGAUGGUACAGUAGAGAGGGAACUGCGAGAUAGUAGGCUGGACACAACCCGCGGAGUUUGUGUAUCUGUUGAUGGAACCGUGUUUCUUUCAGGGUAUUCCUCUAACAAUAUCGUGAUGUUCAGCAGUGAUGGGAAAUGUCUUGGGGAGCUGGUAGCCGGCUUGAAUAAUCCACUAAGUAUGUGCUAUGACAAGAACAAAAAUUGCGUGAUAGCAGCAUGCCAAUCAUCUGACAACAUUCAUGUUAUUGAACUAAGUCAAUAAAAAUCUACGACCCGGAAGAAAUGUAAUAGAAGUAAAAUCAAGAGAUGUAUAUAAGCAGUUUCGUUGCUCCAAUUUACAGGUAUCGUGGCGACAACUUAAACACGUAUUUUUAAAUAUCCAGUUCCUGAAAGUUGCAUAUAUUUCUGUCAGCGUCUAUAGUUUAGAAGCAUACGCAUAUAAAUAACUAAAAACGUUACAUCAAUAUGGGCUUGUACUUUUAAGGUAAUGUAAACGAAAAAAAAAGCCUAAGGGAAAACAACAGGACAAAAAGCGAAAAGCGAAAACGUACAACCUGUGUUUAAACUGCAAAUAUAUUAAUUUUUCUUCGAUUUUAGAGACAGGUUUGUACCCGAAAUACGUCAGAUGAAAAAAUUUGAUAAGAAUUUUGCGUAGAAUAUUGCAUAAACCUUUGACAUUUCCUUUAUAAAAAGACAGCAACUUUCAGGAAGCUAAGGUUGUGUGUGUCGUGACUGACUUACGGCUAAGUAAUUUUGUAAUCUAUCUUGAUUUAUUCAUAACACGUAAAAUAUUUUAAUUAAGACUUUGAAGCAAAAGCCGUUUCUAUCAGCACAGACUGAAAUCAUACCGGCUUCUUAAUCAGUGAAAUGUAAGCUGACAAUAUUUGACAAGAAGAUUGCCGGAAUACUAGCACCGGUUACUUAUGUGCAGAGGAUAAUGUAGCAAUUCCAUUGAUGCUUCGAAUUACUUGAACAAUUAUAUUUCUUUCUGUUCGCUAAAGUUCUAACAACCCUGUUUGUAAAUAUAUUCCUUGUUUUGAAAAACCCAUAUAGCAGUUUUAACUCUUUUCUAUAUCACUUGGAAUUAUCAGAUGAAUUGUUGCAAUUUUAACGUUUAAAAGAAAUACGAAUUAUUAUCUGAAAACAGCUUCGUGAAAAAAAGCUUUAGCACUAGUUUCUUCACGGUUAUAUUUAUACGUUCGCCCUUUUCUUCUUUUCGAUUGAAAAUAAUGACAUUCAUUUAAUAUGAACAGGAAAAGGAAAGGUUCCAAAGUUACGACAACGGUGCAUAGUAAUAACGGACCGCUGUUUAGACGACGUCCGCGUAUAGUCAAUGAGAACGUUCCGUGAUGAUGUCGUAGUUGCUCCGUCUUUUGAACAGAAUGGCCGGGAAGCUGAUUUAAAUGUAACAAAAUGUGUGCACUUUAUGAUAUGACCUUGUUUAUCAAUGGAAAAUAAUUAUAUUGUAAAUAUAAAAAAAUGAAUUAAUCAUUUUCGGAGUUCAUGUGAAAUGAAGGACAGAAUAGGAUCUGCAAAUUAAACAUUAGGUCGCUCAUUUCGCAUGAACACCGAAAAAAAUCAUUUCUUAAAUAUAUUUUUUCUUUUUUUCAUUCGUAUGUUCAUGGAAUUGUGUGUUACAGACAUUUAUAUACGUAAAGGGUCUUGUCAUAUACUAUCUAAUUAUUACUAUUACCACGUUCGUUUCAAGCACUUAAAACGUUCUAAAAUGCUCCAUUCAUCUGUAUUUGAUUUAUUUUGUAAAUUGUGUUAUAUCCAAGAUAAAGAUUGCAAUGCUGAACAUUGAGAUUGCUGAAAUUAGCGAUCUAAUCUUAAUGCAUAAGUUACCAGAAAAUUUAAUUCAUACUUUUUUUUCAAAAUUUAUGUGAUAUUUUAAUCAGAUUUGUAUUCAUGCUACUUUUGUAGUAACAUUAAUUAGCUAUUUGUGUGCUCCUAUAUGUUUGCCAUCCGUUAUCUUUGUUAACUUUUCCAUGCAUUUAUCAUCGAAAUUAUUUCAUCGUAAUCUAUAAGGUCAUGAGUUAUUUAGAUAACGUUAUGUGUUUUAAUUAUAUACGGAUUUCUUACCAAUUUAUUUGUAAUGGUCACACAUUUUAGUAGUGUAGAUAAUGAUUAAAUACCUAAUGGGACCCCAUUGGAAAUAGGUAAUUAAUUUUACUUUGAUGGGUUAUCCUAGGUAUUAAGAUCAUUAGUAAAUCAUAAAAUAGACUUGACGUAAUCUUUCAUGUAGCAAUUAUGAAUUAGAAAUCUGUUUUAACAUGUUUAUUAUAUUCUAAUCAAAACAUUUUUCAAUCUAUAUGGGCUAUUGUUUACAUGUAUUUUUAAUGCAUUAGUUUUAUUUAAUGUUUUAUAAUCUUAUGCCUGAAUAAAUUUGAAUUGAA